AUGCCCCAAAUUAACCUCAAAGGUGUAAUCGCAAGUGCUGAAAAACCUACCGAAGAUGUUAAAAGUGAAUGGAAACCACCGUAUCCGCUGCUUUCUGCUCACCACGACUGUGUGAGCUUGGCAUCUGCCUGGGGUUUAGGAAGGCAAACGAAAGCGGAACUGGACUUCUAUAUUUCAGCGGAUGCCGAAAUCAAACAGCUUAGAGCAACCAGGAAACGUACGGCAGAUGGGAAAAGUAACAAAAUGGUCGUUUCCUGUCCUGGUUUCAGCUGUUUUUUCGUCUGUUUAAGGAACGAACUAGGUGGAGAACCAAGACGGCACUUAGGUCUAAUUGAGUGUGAAAGCUGUGAAGAUACUUAUGGGGCUGGUCAAACAUGGCAUCGCGAAAAUCUUGCUGCCGAAGUUUCGGUUCUUGAAGACGUCUCAAAUGUUUAUCUUGGAGGACGGUUGUGUGCAGCGAGGCAGACGAAGAACGUAAUUGAACCCCAACCCUUAGGAGCUCAUUAUUAUCGACACUGCUUUCUGGGACGCCCUCAUUCAAAUUACAUGGGUGUUGAUGAAAAUGGUGAUCCUAUGGUUAUUUCAAUGAUUCGUGAAAACGCAAGUCGUAAUUUAUUAGGAACAGAGAAUUUUGCGCUUUAUCGUUUGAUAAUUCGUCUUGGAUAUAGGGAACCGUUAAGGCUUUCAAUACCUGAACCGUUUAUUUCGGAAACUGCGGACAGGAGUAAUCGUGCUUUGUUAAAAGAGUUACUGGACUUGACUUGGCCGAACAUCAACCUUAACCAUCUUCACACAGUUCCGUUAACGAAAUCUUUUGAAGAAACUCUGGUCAACAUUGACGAACAGCCAAUUCAUCGGCAACAUAAAAUUGGUGUGUUAUACUGUGGACCUGAGCAAUGUACAGAACUCGAAAUGUACAACAAUGAGACCGGUUCAAAGGACUUUGAUGAAUUUUUGGACUUUUUGGGACAACGAGUAAGUUUAAAGGGCUUCCCGAACUAUACAGGCGGUUUGGACACUGAGAAGAUGACGUGUGGUACUCAUUCUGUCUAUGCAGUUUAUCAGUCUGAUGAAAUAAUGUUCCAUGUAUCGACACUUCUGCCAUAUUCUGCAAAUAACCCUCAGCAGCUUAGUCGUAAACGACAUGUGGGAAACGAUAUGGUAACCGUAGUUUUUCAAGACAAAGGAGCUUUACCACUUACUCCGUCUUCAGUUUUAUCGCAGUUCCAACGGGUUUUUAUCAUAAUUAGGGUUAAUGAAAAUUCUGGCGACGAUGUUACAUACAGCAUGGCCGUAUCUCGAGACGAAGAUUUACCUUCAUUUGGUCCUGUGCUUCCCAGUUGUGCUGUUUUUCAAAGAUCUCAAGAAUUUCGAGAUUUUUUAUUAGCAAAAAUUAUUAAUGCUGAAGAAGCUGCAGCAAGAUCUCCAAAGUUUAAAGCAUACGCUGCUCGAAAUAGGCGUGAGUCGCUAAGAAAUCUGAUACAGCAUUACCUAACUCAUAGAGAAAAAUCGGCUGGGCUUGCCAGUAAGUUUCUGAUAUGCUUUUUUAAACUGUUUACUCAUCUAAGCAUAAAAGGUUUGGCCAUUUCAGGUCGUUUCUUGGGAGGGUCGUUGAGACGAAGAGGUCGUGAAAAUCCGAAUCCAAUAUUGAGUUGUAACUUAAGAGGAGCAUUAUCGUGGCUAGUAAGCGUUUAUGACUUUUCGCAAAGACGAUGGAUUCGCAGCGUUCUUGGCAUAUCGGCAGAAACGAUUGUACUUUUUGAUAUCAACAAUGGUUUGGUUUUAUUCAGCACAUCUACUCAUUCAACAAUUGGAUGGUCUGCAGCUGAGCGAUAUAUUAAACUGUAUUACGAUCACGGACAGAUGCUGCUGAUUAUGUUUGACAAAGCUUAUGGUAAUGAUGGUUUAUCAACAGUCAUUCAAAGGUUGGAGACAACAACCAAAGGUGCUCCAGCAGAAGAGAUGUUGCUGCGACGAUUUAGAAACUCAGAACCACUAGGAUUUAAUUAUCAUGAUGAAGGAGUGAUUACUGAUGUAGAAUUAUAUAGAUGUGCUUGGAAUGCAGGCUUAAGACAAGGAGCGCGAAUUGUUGAGAUUGAGGGCCAUCCAAUUAUUUCCUUAACUUCUGAAGAAAUCAAAGUUUAUUUAUCAAAGAGCAAUAUGAUCCACUUAUUAAUUGUGCCAGCAGCAGAAGAUGGUUCUCCAAGACGUGGAUGCGAAGACCCGAAUUGUCCAGCAGCAAAGGGAAACCAAGACCGUGGGCUUAUCUUCGAGGCAUUAACAAAGCAAAUUUUGAGUUAUGAAGAAGCUAGAAGAACGAGCUAUUUUCCUGGGCAUCCUACUGGUGACCCAUUGCUAAUGUCCUUUGUCAAUCGGCCUUAUGAGAGAAUGGCAGCUUCAGCGCUUCCAUUGCCUGGUAAACUCUAUCGUUCACGUUCUGAAGAAACUGUUGAAGCUUUUGGAGGAAUACUGUACAGAACAGGAACGCCAAAGGGUGAGUUGUCGCAGAAGAAGAUAACUACGCAGGGGCCUAAGGAAAUGUCAUGGUUUGAAGAACUGCUGGAAAAGGAUGUUUCUUUUGAAGUGAUCAGUCAGAUUAGCAGAGAUAAAAUCCGACUGGAGAAUUCCUCUAUACAGUUAAAACAGAUGUUGGAGGAAAACAGACGCCUAAUGGAAUGCGUAACAACGUUAACGGCUGAAAUUAAUCGAGAAAAGACUGAAAAGGACAGAGCGUUAGCAAUGUUAAAUGUAAGUCAACAAAAAGAAGAAGAGUCUGGUGAACCGAAGUGUGAAGAGGAAUGA